AUGUGGAGAAAUCGCUUGACGACUUCACAGUGGCACACAACAGCCUGGCAGACCUCUCUAGAAGCACAAAAACCAAAGGUAGCAGACCUGGAAGAUAGAUCCAGGAGGAACAACCUCCGUUUCAGGGGAAUACCGGAAUCCGUUCAGAAUACAGACCUGAACAAAUAUCUGACCGACCUGUUCCAAGAAUUAACCCCAUCUACGCAUCCUGACCUCCUGGUGAUCGACAGAGCCCACUGCCUACCCAGGCCAAAUCACCUACCCUCCACAACCGCAAGGGAUGUUAUAGCCCACAUCCACUUCUACCAUGUGAAGGAGCGCAUCACAAAGGCCUGCAGAAACACAGCCCUUCCCGAGCCAUAUUCCAGCAUCAAAAUAUUCGCGGAUCUGUCUGCCACCACGCUGCAAUUCCGAAAAUCGCUGGCCCAAGUUACAACCACCCUCAGAUCCAAUGACAUCGGAUACCGAUGGGGAUACCCGGCGAAGUUGCUGAUACAGAACCAAGGAGUGAUACACGCAGUGGUGACUGAAGCAGAAGGCCUGAGAAAACUGCAGGACUGGGGUAUACCGAUACCAAGCUCCCAAGCAUCCUCCCAGGCUAAGGUCCCCAGACUGACACAGGACUGGACUCAAGCCUAA